AUGGGAUGGGGAAACCAGACUUUCCACUCUGACUUCAUCCUGCUGGGAAUCUUCAGUCACAGCCCCAUCCACACCUUCCUCUUCACCCUGGUCCUCGCGAUCUUCACAGUGGCUUGUGUAGGGAACAUGGCCAUGGUUCUGCUCAUCUACCUGGAUGCCCAGCUACACACACCCAUGUACUUCCUCCUCAGCCAGCUCUCCCUCAUGGACCUCAUGCUCAUCUGCACCACUGUGCCCAAGAUGGCCAUCAACUUCCUGUCUGAAAGGAAGUCCAUCUCUCUGGCAGGCUGUGGGACCCAGAUCUUCUUCUAUGUGUCCCUGCUUGGAGCUGAGUGUUUCUUGCUGGCUGCCAUGGCCUAUGACCGCUAUGCUGCCAUUUGCCAGCCUCUGAGGUACCCAGUCCUCAUGAGCCGGAAGCUCUGUGUGCUCCUGAUUGCUGCUUGCUGGAUCUUGGGCUCUCUGGAUGGCAUCAUUGUGCUCACAGCUGCUUUGUCAUUCUCGUACUGCCACUCUCUGGAAAUUCAUCACUUUUUCUGUGAUGUGGCAGCCCUGUUACCUCUCUCAUGCACAGAUACAUCUACAUUUGAAAGGCUGCUGUUCAUCUGCUGUGUGGUGAUGCUCAUCUUCCCUGUCGCAGUCAUUGUCACUUCCUAUUCCUGUGUCCUUCAAGCCGUCAUCCACAUGGGCUCUGGGGAGAGUCGUCGCAAAGCCUUUGCCACCUGCUCCUCACACCUGGUAGUGGUUGGGCUCUACUAUGGGGCUGCCAUGUUCAUGUACAUGAGACCAGCCUCCUUGCACACCCCAGAGCAGGACACAAUGGUGUCAGCCUUCUAUGCCAUCCUCACGCCCAUGCUCAACCCACUCAUUUACAGUCUGAGGAAUAGGGAAGUCUCCAGGGGGCUUAGGAAGCUGCUGGGGAGAGGAAAGAUCCUAUGA